AUGAAAAAUCUUGGUGUAGAAGGUACUUUAUUAAAUUGGUUUGAAUCAUAUCUUAAAAGUCGGCAGCAACGAGUAGUUAUUGAAGACAGUAGCUCAUCUUGGAAAGAAGUUAAAGCAGGAAUGCCUCAAGGAUCUGUUCUGGGCCCGCUUCUGUUUUUAAUAUAUAUUAACGAUAUUCAACAUGAUAUUGAUAGUGACUGCUUUCUUUUUGCCGAUGAUACUAUGCUAUUGGAGGAAGCAUGCUCACCACAAUCUGCGGCCUUGAAUAAAGACUUAAAUUUAUUCCACUGUG